AUAAUCAACAACAACAACAACAACAAUAUCGAUCAUCAUCAUUACAGCCAUCAACAAAUAUGGAUCAAGAGAAAUAUUGUUCAGAUUAUGAUGAACCGAAUACAACAAUUGGAUCGAAUAAAAUGGAUGUACGACGUUGUCAUUCAACAUCAAGGUUACCAUCAUCAACAAUAUCAUCAUCAGCAGCAACAAUAACCAAAGUAAAUGAUGAUCGACAAAUUAUUGACGAUAAUAAUGAUGAUGGUGAUGGUCGACAAUCAAUUGAUUCCAGUUCAACAUUAUUUACAUAUUCAUCACAACCAUCAACAACAACAAAUAUUAUUAUUGCAGAGCCAGUGACCAACGAUUUCGAUGAUGGUAAUGUUGAUGAUCGAAAUGAAGGUGAACAAUCACCAAAUGAACAAAUUUGGAUAUCCGAUUCUAAAAAGCCAGCUGAUAAUGAAGAUGAUGAUGACCGUUAUUGUUUUAAUGAUAAUUUUGAAGAUAUUCUUGUUGAUUGUAAAUGUCAUGAUGAGGAUGAUGAGGAUAACAACAGCAAAAAGCAUCUGGAAAAUGAAACAAAACAAUUAUCAUUGACAACAACAAGAGUAAUAAGACAUCAAAUACCAAAACGAAAAAUUCGUUCAAAAAAAAUGCGUACAUUAAUGGAACUUGGAUCGAAUCGAAUGUUUCAUGAACGAUAUUCAAAUUUGAAUAAAAAUUCAUUACAAUCAUCAUCGAAAAAUCACCAUAAACAACGAAGACGACAUGAAUGGAAACAAUCAUGUUGUAGUAAAUGUUGUAGCCGACGACGACGACGACGAAGACGAUCAUCUACGAAACAACAUUAUGGACAUCGAAAACAACAUGAUAAUAAUGAUCCAUAUUUGGAUAAUAGCAGUGAAACUAUUCAUUCAACAUCCGAAUCAUCGUUUGAUUCAUCAUUCAAUUUAUCUAAUGAUAAUGAUAAUGAAUCAAAUGCCGAUGUUGAUGAUUGUCAUCAUACGAAGAAGAAAAAGAAGAAAAAUUCUUUAAAUAACGAAUCAUCAUCGAAAACGAAAACAACAACAACUCGAACAAUACAAAUAUAUGUAGAACAGGAAUCCUGUUUACCACAAGGUACAUUAAUCGAUAUUGAAAUCGCAACCGGUGAUAAAGUUUUCAAUAUUAUUCAAGCUAUUAUUGAAUAUUCAUUGAAAAUAUUUCAUCCAAAACAUCAACAUAGACGAUCAAAAAUUCAAAUGAAUGAUUAUCAUUUUCAUUGGGAAAAUUAUUCAUUAUUAGCUAUUUAUUCAACAAAUAUUAAACAUUUAAAUAAUGAUUUUUAUUUCAAUCAAUUACAAUCACCAUGGAAUGAUUUAGAUGCUAAAUUAUAUUUACAUUUUAAUUAUCAUCAGCAUCAUCAUAAUCAUCAUGAUUGAUUGAUUUUUUUUCGAGAGCUUAUUAUAUAAGUGAUGAUUGUCCAUUUGGCCCAUUUUCCCUCCCCCAAGAAAAAAAAUUGCUGUGAAAAUUCUGUUGUUUUUCCCCCAAAAAAAAUUGUG